CACAACAACAUUAAUUCCGAAAUGACUCUUCCAUUACCAAACGUUUGUGACAAUAUCUUGUACACUGAAGAACAACUCCAACAACGUGUCAAGGAAUUGGCUCACCAAAUCACAGAACACUACAAGAGUAUUUUGGAAGAAGGUGAAUCAUUGAUCUUGGUUCCAGUUUUGAAGGGUUCAUACAUUUUUGCUGCUGAUUUGAGUAGACAUAUUGGUGUUCCAGUUACAACUGAUUUCAUUGCAUUGAGCUCAUAUCAAGACAGUAUUACUUCAAGUGGUGAAGUUAAGAUUAUCAUGGACACUAGAAAAUCAAUGUGCAGAAAACAUGUUUUGAUUAUUGAAGAUAUUAUUGAUACUGGUUAUACAUUGAGUUUCUUGAGCAGUUUAUUCCAAACCAGAAGUGUCAAGUCCAUUAAGACUUGUGUCUUGUUGACUGCCCCUAAGAAGAAGAGAAAGAUUGAAAAUUUCAAUGCUGAUUUUAUUGGAUUUGAUAUUGGUGAAAAAUUCGUUGUUGGAUACGGUUUGGACUUUGGUGAAUUAUAUAGAAAUCUUCCAUACAUUGCUGAAUUGAAGCAAGAAAUUAUUGACCAAAUUAAGAACCACUGCUAACUUGUAAAUUCCACUUUGAGAAUUCCACUAAAAUUUUGUAAAAACACACCAUAAUCCCAUAUAAUUACGACGAAGAAUAAACUAAUGAUGAACUAGGUUUUUCAUUUCCAUUAU